AUACUGAAUCAUGGGAAAACACGGUGCCCGAUCAAAGAAUGUACUUGCUCCACAGGCAGACCUAUAUCGGUGACAUACGUUUAUCUAAAUUGUGUUUUAGUUAUUUUGCUUUAUCUAACCACUUUACGUGUGUUUGACCAAAGUCAUAUUUUCGUGUCUUGCUAAAGGCGUCUGUGUAUCCUACUUAACUCUCCGCCUCUUGUAGUAUCUCUGGUCCUCCCCACAGUCCUGCCGUUGCUACUGAAGUUACCAUUAGCAACUGGGCAGCGCCCCGGCUGAGCACCUUCAAUCGCUGUUGAUGUUGUCGUUAAAUACAGUAGGUACCGUAAGCUCUCCUUGAUUUCCAGACACAGUCAAGGCCUUGACAGGCAAGGGAAUCGUAGGCUGUUGGAAUGUUGGUGAGGCUGGCAAUGGUUAACACGUAAGGUCGCAGUGAGUGGCACUGUCAUGUUGCCAGGAGUCGGUGUAUUUGGCACGGGUAGCACAGCCAGAGUGCUGGUCCCGUUGUUGAAAGCUGAAGGCUUUGAGGUUCAUGCACUCUGGGGUCGAAGCGAAGAGGAAGCAUGCUGCUUAGCAAAGGAGCAUGGCAUCCCAUUUCACACCAGCCGAUCUGAUGACGUCCUGCUGCACCAAGAUGUCGACCUUGUUUGCAUCUAUAUUCCACCCUCAAUGACAAGGCAAAUUGCUGUCAAAGCACUGGGUAUAGGUAAGAAUGUUGUGUGUGAGAAGGCUGCAACAGCUGUGGAUUCAUUCAAGAUGGUGACUGCUGCCAGAUACUACCCACAGCUGCUGAGCAUUAUGGGUAAUACCCUGCGCUUCCUGCCAGCUUUUGUGGCAAUGCGCCAGCUGCUGAUGGAGGGAUAUGUUGGCGAAAUGCAGGUGUGUGAUGUCAGAGUCUAUGGCCCCAGCCUCCUGGAUCAGUCGUACGGCUGGACAUGUGAGGAGUUGAUGGGAGGAGGCGGUCUGCACACUGCCGGCUCGUCCAUCAUUGACCUUUUAAGUUACCUAACCGGGGCACGAGCCCAUCGUGUUCAUGGCUUGCUGCGGACUUUUGUACAACAAAAUGGUUUGAUCCGAGGCAUUCGCCGCGUCACCAGCGAUGAUUUUUGCUUCUUCCAAAUGUUGAUGGGUGGUACCGGCUCUAGCUCUGGUGGUGUGUGUUGCACUGUGACCCUGAACUUCAACAUGCCAGGGUCAUUUGUGCACGAGGUUAUGGUAGUUGGAUCCACUGGAAGACUGGUUGCCAGGGGAACAGAGCUGUAUGGUCAACGCAAUGGGAGUAAAGGUGAGGAGCUGUUGCUAAGCGACAGUGGGUGGGCGGGACCAGAGGUAAAAGAGAUGCCCCUGCCUCACCUGCGGGGGUUGAGCUCCAUGGUAAAGGCACUGAGACAGUCUUUUCAGGCUCACGAGGAGCGCAGGUCAUGGGCGCGAGGAUCGGUUGCCAUGGCACCAACAUUUGAGGAUGGUCUGUAUGUGCAGACGGUGGUCGAGGCGGUGAAACGGUCCAGCUGUAGUGGCGAAUGGGAGUGUGUCGAGAUCAUGAGUCAGGAGCCAGAUCCGAAUCACAACCUGUGUGAGGCUCUGCAGAGAAAUAAGAACUGAAUAUAUUUAUACAGCCAGUGCAACUACUACAUGUGUCUGACAAGCUGGGCUCUGAAUGUUUUACCUUUAAUUCAGCUGCUGAGGCAGUUUACAUUACCCAUGACUACUUUUUGCAUUCUGUCCCAUUUUGAGCAGAAUAUUUUCCUUUAGAAAACAUAACUGUUUUUACACUAAAUGUGUUAACCACAGCUCCAUUAUUCUGAUUCUCAACAUAAAAUAUUAUAAUAGCUGUGUCAAAAUCUACCUGUGCCCCAUUUACACGUUUAUAACCUGUACCAUGCCAAAAAGUAGACACAGUCUUUAUUACAUGGAGUCAUGACUGCAAAUGUCUGGCAAAAUAAGGUUGUUAUGUGUCACUUGUCAGCAAGGCACCACCAAUGUCAAAUAUUGGCUAAGUUCCUUGUGUUAAAAAAAAAAA